AUGUACUCCCCACCAACGUCUACCUACCAACUGUACAUCAAGGAGGUCAAGGAUCACGACGAAACACGCAAAAAUUUGGAACGCGCCGUAAACGACAACAACACGCUCCAAAACCAAAUUGGACAGAGCCAAGAGCAGAAAGCCAACGACCAUCGGAAGAUCGAUGAGCUCAACAGAGAGCUUGCUCGCAAGGAUCGGGCGAUGAAGGAUAUGGAGUUCUAUAUGACACAGAUGUCCAACCAUGUACUUCAAGAAGUCAGACCAAACUCACUGUACAAAUCACUCGAAGAGAAAUCUCUGGCUUUAAAGGAGUCAACUGCUAAAAACCAAAAGUUGAUGGAAACUGUGGAUAACCUCUACGUGACGCUUCAGCAGAAGGAGGACAUGAUGCAAGUGCUGGUGAAUCAGGAGACAUCGUUGUUCGACAAGAUUAAGGCGCUGGAGGAGGAAAACAAGAAGGUCAAAGAGGAGUUGGGAAACAAGAAUGAGCAUAUUAUCAAUUUGAAAAGGACUCUGGCUACUACACGUGCUACCAGUGAUUAUAAGCUCAAGAAGAGGGAUCAGAUGAUUCAGGAGUUGAAGGAGGAGUUGGCAGAGAUGAAUGAGUCGGAUGAGGAGGAAGAUGAUGAGGAGGAAGAACAGGAGGGACCAGAUGAGAAGGACCAGCAAAUCAAGGAGCUCCAAAUCGAAAUCGCCAAGUUGUACAUGACAGUGCAGAAGAUGGACAAGCAAAUUACAGAAACCAACGUUCGAGCAGGAAUGGAUAACCGCCCAUUGAUUCGGAAGUAUGUCGAGGAAGUGGAGAGUCACAAGCAAACAAAACUGAAACAUUCCGAGGCUCAAAACUUGCUGAAAACCUCAUAUGCCAAGAACAAUGAGCUGAUUGAAACGCACACCCAGAAACUGAAAGAUAAGGACACUCGAAUUAACCAUUUGGAAUUGAUUAUGGAGGAUGUUCGCCAAAAUACAGCUGUGGCACAAAAAGCGUGGAUCGAUGAGAAGUUCUAUUUGGAGAGGCUCAUCGCAUCCCAAAGGGAAGCCAUGGAAAUGAAGGAUAAGACUGAGAUAAUCAUAGAAGCAGAUUUGGCGGAAGCUGAAAAAGAAUUAAAGGAUGCAGAGGACAAAGCAGCAUGUUAUUCUAUUCAGUUGGGAGUAGCCAACGAGAGAAUCAUUCAAUUGGAGAAUGAGAGAGCGGGGAUGUUGAGAAGAAUUGAGGAGAGAGAAGAACAGGUUGGUCAUGAAAUGGACAAGUUGGAAGCUCAUAUUGAAAGUCUUAAAAUCGAUUAUAAAAUGUCGGAGGAGCAACGACAGGAUACAGAAAUUGCAUUGAAAGAUGCAUUGAUUGAAAUUCGUGAUUUAAAUGAAACCCUGACAGCUGAGAAGAUGAAUUCAAAUAUCAGGAAAAGUGAGAUGCAAGAUCAAAUUGAGUCGCUGAAAAUGAAAGUAGCACGUGGGGAAGCAAAGCUGUUGGAAAGAGAUCAAACCAUCGCUGAAAUGUCAAAAGUCGCCGAAUUGAUUACAAAAGUUUAUGAUAACCUGUUCAGUGACUUCUCUAAGUUAUGGGAUAAAAAUAAGGAAAAGACUGAAAAGGUUAAAAACAAUCAAGAACAGGCCGGGACGUCAUCUGCUACUUCGACGUCGACUGCCACCUUUCCAACUUCAAUUUCCACUAUAUGUGAAAAUUGUUGGGUCCAACUCUUCCUUCGAGAUCUUUUUAUCCUAUAUAACUCGUCGUUCCUGGAAGGACCAUUCUAUUGA